AUGGCGGCGCAAUGGACGCGGUGCCUCGUGCUCAGUCCGUCUAGUUUUUCCAGAGAUGUGUGGAGCAACCAUCACAUCAAUACUGGAAUCGGAGAACUUGGGACUUCAAGGUUCUUGCAGCCUCCAGCAAUACAAAGCAGAUUUGCAGCAACUCGAUCAUUCUUGCCUCAAGUCGACUUCAGAGCGCAUGCUCAAGCGUCAUAUCAACGACAGAACAAUGGACGCAUGGUCUCAGAGGGCCACGGUGACCAAUCAACCGAUCGAAGACCGAGGGAUGAAGUUCCCUCGUCAGUGAUUCCCGCCAAACGCUUACCAGAUGGAUUGUCAAAGAUCAACGGAAAGCUUAGCAAGUACGGUGGAGAAGAGGACGAGCUUCUCAAAAAGCGGUCGCCAAAGCACGGCAAGGCUUCCGGCGAAAAUAUCGAGAACAAAAUCCCAUGCAUAUGUUUCAUGACAGGCAAUCCGGAGUAUCGGAAAUGCACGAAGCGACACAAAUAUCUAAGUCAUCUGGCACGGCAUCUUCAUAGCCAUGAUGUAUACAUAUGUCAGAUGUGCUUUAGCAAAUUCGAUGGCGAAGGGAAGGAAGAGAACCUGCGAAAGAAGCAGACACAUCACUGUGUAAAGUUUUGUAAUGAUGGGAACUGCAAGCGUCACUGUGCGGAGAGGGACAAGGCUUUAUUCACUGACAACACUUGCAAGCAUCUUGUCAAGUGGCAAGAUCGCUGGAUUGAGCUGUUUCAGACUCAAUUCCCUGGAGUCGUCCUUCCACGACUUGGAACGAUGGACAGCUCCACGCCCGAUAUAAGAUCUAGGCAGAAUUCCGCCUCGACGCAAAUUGGCAUUUCCGACAGCCAAUAUCAGGCCAUUGAGCCUACAGGGAGAACUAGAAUCUUCACUCGUCAGAAUGGUGACGGAUCUCAGCCAACAGAUGAGGAUCAAAAGAACAGCACACACGCUGAUUCCGGGAGAACACAUCUUUCGAAUGAGCGGAGAGGUGUCCAGCCCGACUCGGCUCAAAACUCGAUGCCCACGAAUUCGGCAUCGAAGAAAGUCCCAACUGCGGAUCUCCAAAUCCUUGCGGACCGCGUGCAUUCUUUGGAAUCUGCUCUCGAUCGAUCUCUGGGUCGAGAGAAGGGACUUUUGUUGGAAUUGACGGAGUUGAAAAGGGGGAUUUCAAAGAUUUGA